CCUGGCCAACCCACGUGGAAGAUUGACAAGAGAGUGAGUAGUAAAAGUCGCGUUACAUAAAUAUUGCAGAAAAAAUCGCCUAUUCCCGCGAAAUCAGUCGAAAUGUUAUGAAAUCCCACAUCCGGUCGUGACUGGGGGUUCCUCUGGAAGUGAGAAAAAAAAAGAAUGCGCAAUUGUGUGCCAUGAGUGAGAAAAAUUGGAAGAAUGCUGUGGCAGGAGCGAGUUCCGGGGCAAUUACGCGUUUCCUGUGCCAGCCACUCGAUGUCCUGAAGAUUCGCUUCCAAGUACAAAUUGAACCAUUGAGUCAUCAUCACAAAUCCUCCAAAUAUAAAUCCAUCUUUCACGCCGUAACGGUUAUUUAUCGCGAAGAGGGUAUCCGGGGCCUGUGGAAGGGUCACAAUCCCGCCCAAGUGCUCAGCAUUGGGUACGGGAUUACGCAGUUCACGGUGUACGAGAGGGUGAACCGAAGUGCAGAGACGACGGAAUUCUUCAAGAGGCACACUGCUUUUAAGAAUUUCUGCUGCGGAGGAUUGGCUGGUGCCAGUGCUGCCUUUGUCUCCACACCACUCGAUGUCAUUCGCACGAGAUUAAUUGUGCAGGACAACGGGCAGGGGUACAGGAACUCCUUUCAAGCUGUUGGGACUAUUUUGCAACGUGACGGCAUCAGGGGGCUAUACAGGGGCUUUGGGCCGUCCCUUCUGCAAAUAACGCCGCUUGCAGGAUCGAAUUUUAUGUUCUACAAAUUCUACUGCAGCCUUCUUCAGAAUAUUCUUGGACUGAAGUCUCACAGUGACCUUCCCACCUGGGGCCUUCUGAUGAUGGGUAGUCUCACGGGAUUCUCAUCGAGAGCUCUUGUAUAUCCACUGGAUGUCGUGAAGAAGCGUCUCCAAAUUCAGGGCUUUUCGCAGCAUCACCAAACCUUCGGCAAGCACUUUGAAUGCGAAGGUUUUUUCCAGUGUGUAGUACGCACCGUAAAGUCUGAAGGAUUCCUCGGUCUCUACAAGGGUAUUGUGCCGAGUAUGCUCAAAUCUGGAAUCACAACAGCACUAAAUUUCUGCAUUUACGACGAAACGAAGAAGCUCUUGGCGAAAAUUUAGCGCAGCACAAAAUCUCCUCCAACUCUAGGCUAGAGCUCCAACGUGCUUUGGGCUUAUUUUUUUCUCUAAACAUAAGGAAAUAAUAUUGAAAUCUGUGAUUUAAAUUGUCAUUGAAGUACCAAAAUACAUAAAUUUUACCUUUAGAA